GAUUGGCCAGUGAAAGCUGUCUGUGGAUUGACCAGGUCCCUGGCCAACGGGCGAGAUGCCCUGCCUUCAUUGUCUGAAACCUGUCGCCAGGGUGUAAUCGAGAGACGCAACGCCCCUGUGUUUGCUAGGAAACAGCAAGUAACAACUUAAGGCUGUGUGUGUGUGUGUGUGUGUUCGAGAGAGGGACAGCUCCUCGGCUGGCUCUAACUUCAACACCAUCACAUCAUUAGCAGACCACAAAGUCUAUCCUCUGCAAGUUACAUUCCAGGAACAUCAGCUAUCCAGAAAGUUAUCUCUUCUCCCCGUCUUGACAAUUUCGUUUGCUACAAUUCAAAAAAAAAUUUGUUGCACCGAGACAGGAGGCUUUUUUUUUAUUGAUGGCGUCUCAGCAAUCUCGGAUUCAAACCUACCUGGAGAAAAACAAGAUCGGUCCUCUGUUCGAGGAAAUGAUGACAAAACUGAUAACGGAGACACCAGACCAUCCAAUUCCAUUUUUAAUAAGUCACUUACAAAACAAGCAAGGAAGUUGCAGCCAGCUCCAAAGAACACUCUCAGGUUCAGCUGCACUGUGGGCUGAAACGGAAAACAAAGGGUCACGACGAGAUUGUAGAAGUUAUGAUAAACCGUGGCUCACAAAUGCCAAAAAACCAAAGAAGUCUAAGAGUGACCUUGCUGUCUCCAACAUAUCACCACCAACACCAGAAUCAAAGUCCUUGCCAAGGUCAAUAGAACAGGCUACAUGGGAGUGGCGAACAAAACCUGAAAGUCAGAACUUCGAUGAAUUGAAUCACAUCCUUCAGGAAAGCAAGAAAUUAGGCAAGGCCCUGGAGAGCCUGUCUCGGAGUAUUGCGACUGAUGAAUUUGAUCAGGAUCUACGGGCUUAUAGUUCAUCACUUGUCAGACCUAAAGUGGUUGGAGAGUGGGUUGGUCGUGAGGAAACUGAUGCCGAUCCAUUGGCUGCAGAGAUGUUGCAACCUCCAGUACCCAGAAUUCAAGAUGCAAAUGAAGACAGCCCGAUCCCAGUCAGCCCUAGACUUGAGCAGAAGAGUAAAGGUUUGAGAGAACAACAGCAGCAGCACAAGAAACUCCUGGCUGCAAUGCUGUCCCAGGAAUCCUUUCAUUUUGUGCACAGCACAGCGCCAUCUGUGGCAGAUGAAGACAUUGAGGAUGAGGACGAUGCCAUGGAAUUGCUGGAAGACCUGGAUGACUUGAGGAUGGAGGGCAUCACUGACCAUGUGCCUUCGGGUAGCAGGUUUAGCCAAGGUCGAAGUUUGUAUUCUGCAGAACCUCAAGCUAAAGUUAUACUCAACAUCUGCUCAAGGUGUGCCAGGUAA